AUGGCGAACCAAGAAAGUCACGAUGCCUCGCCCGAAGAUGAGCUUCUGUCUCCUCUCUUGAAAUCCCUAGAGACAAAAAUGGAGCGCAACGAAAAAAACAAUACUGAGGCAAUGAAUGAUCCCCAUCUUUCCGGUCCAAGGAUGCCCAUCAUGUACAGGGUCCCGGAUGUCCUUCGCGAGCAGAACGCAAGCAAGUACAGCCCUACCGCCAUGUCCAUUGGCCCUCUUCACCGGCGGACACCACGCCUUGAAGCAAUGGAGUCCGUCAAGCUGAGCUACAUGCGUCGCCUACUAGACCGGACUCAGACAUUUGAGGAAACAAAGAGAGCUUGUGUGGCCGCUAUGUUGAAGAAGGAACAACUUGUAAGGACUUGUUAUGCCGAACUCAAACUUGAUGCAGUUGCAGCUAAAGAUGAUGCGAGUCUUGCAGAAGUGAUGCUUAUUGAUGGCUGCUUCAUAAUCGAACUGCUUUACCGGAAUUUCCAGAAGGAUUAUGACCCCAUUUUGUGGAACCCUUUCAAGUACUACGCGGUCCAACAUGACUUGCUAUUGCUCGAGAAUCAGAUUCCUUUCUUCGUUCUUCAAGAAUUGUUCAACCUGACUGUGCUGGAAAAGGUCCAGAACGAAAGAAACAACCAAGAGUACUCCCUUACUCUAUGGGUACUUUCAUUCUUCGGAGAUAUGAUGGGGCUCGAAAAUGGUGGUGUCGAAAAAAUGAGAAACAUAAGUCCGUAUCACAUGCUCCAUCUCUUCCACAUUUACUAUCUGCGGCCUUGUGAUGAUGAUUCUUCAUCCAAUUUCACAUACGAAGAGCAACCCGGGUUCAAAUACUCGGCCACAGAACUUCACUUGGCGGGAGUCAAAUUAAAGGCGGGUAAGAAAAGAAACCUAUUCGACAUAAAGUUCAAUACUCCCUUUAGUUGUAGUAGCUGCUGGUUUUGUUUCAGAAAAGGCCACUUGGAAAUUCCGCCUUUCUCCAUCUACGAAUCCACGGAGCCAUUCUUGAGAAACCUCAUUGCUUUCGAGCAAUGUUGCCCCUGGAUCGAGAGCUACUUCACAUCACAUGCUUUUCUCAUGGAUGUCCUCAUCGACACCCCAGACGAUGUUAAAUUGUUCGAGGAAGCAGGAAUCAUAUGCAACUACUUAGGUUCGAGCGAAGCAGUGUCCCAACUCUUCAAUGGCAUUUGCAAGAAUGCUGUUCCGCGCCAUUUCCUCUACGCUACGCUUUACAAGGAGGCGAUGGGGUUCUGCAAGCCUUGGCGAGUUUCUGCCGGGAAGCUUAAACAUGAUUAUUUCGGUAAUCCAUGGUCGGGUAUAUCAGUAAUUGCCGCCAUUGUCCUUUUUGCGCUCGCCUUUUUGCAAACCUUCUACGCCAUGAUUUCUUAUUAUUGA